GCCCCCCAGCCGCGGCCCCUGCUGCCCUCCGGCUGCUGGUUGGCCACUGUGUGAACAGAAUGCUGGACUAGAUGGACCCUUGGUCUUAUGGACCCAUGGUCUUAUGUUCUUAUGUAUUUGGCAAAAGGUGAAGGUGAUCCUUCAACCCUGAUAGGGGCUGCCUUGGGCUGCAAAUUGGAGACAGAAGAACGAAAUUGAGCCGGUCCAGAGGGAAGAAAAGCCCCCCCCCCAUACCCCCCGGGUGUGGAGCAAGCAGAAACGACUAGGAAACCUCUGUGCAGAAGAUGUUGGGGGAAGACCCCUUCAGCUCAGACGUUCAGCACCAGCACUUCAGGCAAUUCCGCUACGAAGAGGCCGAGGGUCCCCGAGAGGUUUGCAGCCGACUCCACAAUCUCUGCCGACAAUGGCUGAAGCCAGAGCGACACACGAAGGCUCAGAUCCUGGAUCUGGUGAUCCUAGAACAGUUCCUGUCUGUCCUUCCCCCGGAGAUGGAGAACUGGGUGUGGGAAUGUGGAGCGGAGACCAGUUCCCAGGCGGUGGCCCUGGCCGAAGGCUUCCUCCUGAGCCAGGCAGAAGGGAAGAGGCAGGAAAAGCGCCAGGUCCUGAGGCCGUUGGUGCAAGGGGCCGCUGAUUUCCCCGAGGGAGAGAAGGCUCCAUCCAGUACCCGAUUGAGAUUGCCGUCCAGGGAGAUCGGGCAGGAGGCUGGCGGAGAGGCCCCCUCGCUGGGCAGUGAAGCGAUGCUGGAGAUACAUUCUGGGUUGUCUCCUCUUUGCUGUGGAGUGAGAAGAGCUCCCGCACAGCCAGACCAGGGCCUGGUGACCUUUGAGGAGGUGUCUGUGUGUUUCGCCGAGGAGGAGUGGGCACUCCUGGAUCCGGACCAAAAGGCCCUGCACCGAGAAGUCAUGGAGGAGAAUUGUGGGAUCGUGGCCUCUCUGGCUGAUGGAUGGGUGAGCGAGAAUGAGAAAGACGCGCCCAGCGAGUCCCUGGAAGGAGCCAGAGGUGGAAAGGAAGGACGACGGAGACGGAGGAGGGGAGUCAAGCAGAAGCAACGAGAUGCAUCUUCUGCUCAUCGAGGUGACGACAUCCGUAAAGACACAGUCCAAGGAAAACAUGACACAGGAAAGAAAGAAUAUAAGUGCCCACUGUGUGGGAGGAGUUUCACUUCUAAAUCAAACUUAAACUAUCAUUUGAAAACUCACACCGGGGAGAAACCAUUUCAAUGUUCUGAAUGUGGGAAGAGCUUCUCUCAGAGGGCAGUCUUGGUCAAACACCAAAUAAUCCACACAGGGGAGAAGCCGUUUAAAUGCUUGGAAUGUGGAGAGAACUUCAGGUGGAACGUGCAACUAACUUCCCAUCAAACGAUCCACACUGGCGAGAAACCUCAUCAGUGCCUGGAGUGUGGAAAGAGCUUUAGUCAGAGGUCAAAUCUUGUCAGACACCAAAUAUUGCACACUGGAGAGAAACCGUUUCAAUGCUUGGAAUGUGGAGAGAGCUUCAGGUGGAACAUGCAACUGACGUCCCAUCAAACGAUCCACACAGGCGAGAAACCUCAUCAGUGCUUGGAGUGUGGAAAAAGCUUCAUUUGGAAGGCAACCCUUACUGAACACCAAAGAAUCCACACAGGGGAGAAACCGUUUAAAUGUUUGGAGUGUGGAAAGAGCUUCAUCCGUUAUGUGCAACUAACUUCCCAUCAAAGGAUCCACACUGGUGAGAAACCUCAUCAGUGCUUGGAGUGUGGAAACAGCUUCAUUUCAAAGAGAAACCUUACUGAGCACCAAAGAAUCCACACAGGGGAGAAACCGUUUAAAUGUUUGGAGUGUGGAAAGAGCUUCAUGCGUUAUGUGCAACUAACUUCCCAUCAAAGGAUCCACACUGGUGAGAAACCUCAUCAGUGCUUGGAGUGUGGAAAGAGUUUCAUUUGGAAGAGAACCCUUACUGAGCACCAAACAACCCACACAGGGGAGAAACGAUUUAAAUGUUUGGAGUGUGGAAAGAGCUUCACUCGGAGGGAAAAGUUUACUGAGCACCAAAGAACCCACACAGGAGAGAAACCAUUUAAAUGUUUGGAGUGUGGGAACAGCUUCAUGCGGUACGUGCAACUAACUUCCCAUCAAACGAUCCACACUGGUGAGAAACCUCAUCAGUGCUUGGAGUGUGGAAAGAGCUUCAUUUGGAAGAGAAGUCUUACUGAACACCAAAGAAUCCACACAGGGGAGAAACCUUUUAAAUGUUUGGAGUGUGGGGAGAGCUUCAGGUGGAACGUACAACUAACUUCCCAUCAAACAAUCCACACAGGUGAGAAACCACAUUAGUGCUUGGGGCGUGGAAAGGGCUUUUGUUGGAGGUCACACCUUAUCAGAUACCAAAGAACCCACUCAGGGUGAAACCUUUUAAAUGGUUGGAAUGUGGAAAGAACUUCAGUAACAGAGGAAAACCCUCCUGCCCAUGUUCCCCAGUGACUCUUGUAAAUAGGCAGACUGCCUCUGAGGUAGCAUAUAGCCAUGAGGACUUGUAGCCAUUGCUGCUCUGCUCCAGAAUGUCUCCUGUCCCCCUUCAUAGCCAUCUAAACACGUGGCCAUCACGACAUCUUGUGGUAGCAGAAGUCUGUCCUUCGAGUCUAAUACAUGCGAAAUGAGAUCAUUGUUCAUGGGAUGCUUCCAGGGAAGGAAACUCUUGCUUUCUGAAUGGCAUUGCAGUGUCAAAACGCGAGAGCAAUCCACCAGACUUUAAGAAGAAGAAAAAAGUGGUGAAGGACAUUCUGCGAUUCACCCUUUUGGGAAGCUUCCGUCUGAUGGACCAUUUCAACCAUUCACAGCGAAUGACAGUGUCCUCUUCCUCCGGGCUUCAGCGGAGGGGAGGCAGCUCAGUGGUUGAGCCACUGCUUCGUUCUGGGUUUGAAUCCUGAAAUCUCCCAGGAGGGCUCGGGAAGAAUCCCUGCCUGAAACUCCGGGGAGCCAUUGCCCCGCCCAUCAGUGUCAAUAACACGAAAUGUUCCUGAAAAUGGCACGAACGCUUGGAAGGGCCACUGGUGAUGACACUGGCCUCUUUGGUCUUCACUUUUUCUCCCAUAUUUUGCUCUGUAGGCCUCUGUGUUCAUCAGUCAUGUAACAGCAUUCAUUAGAACGGAUUCCCUCACACCCAGGCAU